AUGAAUAUAGCCGAGCACAGUGCGGAGAUUCCGCUGAACCCGAGCCGCCAACAAUUAGAGCGUGAGAAAGCCCUGAAUAUGGAGAGAGUUAGGAAACAAUUAUCCGAUGUCAACAUCCGAGAUCUGGUCCCAACUUUGGUCGCGCGACAAGUCCUUCAGACAUACGAAAUGGGUGCAGUUUAUGCCAAAGUAAGAUAUUUUAUGAUAAAAUAAGGACCUUUAUGCAACAACAAGGCCAUCUACUAGCCAUUUAAAAUAGUAUCGUAAAAAACAACACAUGUUGCAUUAAACCGAAUUACUUUGCGUAAACAGCCUUGUAAACUAAUAAACAUGGCUUGCAGACGGACCCAGAUGGUCAGUUGGACAAGUUAAUCGAGCUGCUACGGACCAGAAAUCAUUGGUUGGGCCCGCUGAUCGACGCUUUAAUCCGAAAUGGACAAACCUCAGUGGCCGAGAGUCUUCUCCUUAACACGCAGAGCGAAAUGUAA